AUGGCACCUCUUCCCAUCAAGUUCACAGAGCUGGUCAAUUUGACCUCUGUCGGCAUUGUGCCGGCAUCGAUUGGCUUUACUUCAUGUACACUAGAAUCCGAUCGUUACGUGUGUGUUCGCCAAAAGAUUGACGAGGAUGGUAAACCGGAGGUCAUCAUUAUCGAUCUCAAGAACAAUAAUGACGUUCUACGACGCCCGAUCAACGCCGACAGUGCGAUCAUGCACUGGAACAAGAACAUUAUCGCUUUGAAAGCCCAGGGCCGUACCAUUCAGAUCUUCGACCUUGGCGCCAGGCAAAAGCUCAAGUCGGCGGUUAUGAACGAAGACAUUGUCUACUGGAAGUGGUUCAGCGAAAAGUGUUUGGGUUUGGUCACGGACUCAGCGGUUUAUCACUGGGAUGUGUAUGAUGCCACACAACAGAACCCUGUGAAGGUGUUCGACCGACUUCCCAAUCUUGCUGGUUGCCAAAUUAUCAACUACCGCGUCAAUGCCGAGGAGAAAUGGAUGGUCGUGGUUGGUAUUAGCCAGCAGCAGGGCCGCGUUGUGGGAUCCAUGCAGCUCUAUUCAAGGGAGCGUGGAAUUUCCCAGUUUAUCGAAGGUCAUGCUGCCUCUUUCGCCAGCAUCAAUGUCGAGGGCUCUCCUCUACCCCACAGUCUCUUCACCUUUGCUGUGCGUACCCAAACAGGCGCCAAGCUGCAGAUCGCCGAAAUCGAUCACCAAGAGCCCAACCCGCGCUUCCAGAAGAAGGCCGUCGAAGUGUACUUCCCACAAGAGGCCGUCAACGAUUUCCCCGUCGCGAUGCAGGUGUCCACCAAGUAUGACAUCGUUUACCUCGUUACGAAAUACGGCUUCAUCCACCUUUACGAUCUUGAGACUGGUACUUGCAUUUUCAUGAACCGCAUCUCCAGCGAGACGAUCUUCACCACGGCUCCGGACUCCGAGGGUGCCGGUUUGGUCGGUGUGAACCGCAAGGGCCAGGUCUUGGCUGUCAGUGUCGACGAGACCAACAUCAUCCAGUACUUGAUGGAGAACCCUGCCAUGUCUGGUCUUGCUGUCAAACUUGCCUCGAAGGCCGGCCUUCCAGGCGCAGACCACUUGUACCAGCAGCAAUUCGACUCUCUCAUGGCUUCGCAGGACUACGCCGAAGCUGCCAAGAUUGCCGCCAACUCCCCCCGCGGUUUCCUCCGUACCUUGGACACUAUCAACCGCUUCAAGAACGCCCCUCAGACUGGUCAGAUGUCGGUUAUCCUGCAGUACUUCGGCAUGCUGCUGGACAAGGGUUCGCUCAACAAGUACGAAAGUGUUGAGCUUGUUCGUCCCGUCCUGCAGCAGAACCGCAAGCACUUACUUGAGAAGUGGAUGCAGGAGAAGAAGCUCGAGGGCUCCGAGGAACUGGGCGACAUCAUUAGGCCAUAUGAUAUGAAUCUUGCCCUGACUGUGUACCUCCAAGCCAAUGUUCCUCACAAGGUUGUCGCUGGAUUUGCCGAGACUGGGCAGUUCGACAAGAUUCUGGCAUACUCCAAGCAGGUUGGAUAUCAGCCGGACUACACCCAGCUGCUCCAGCACAUCGUUCGCGUCAACCCCGAGAAGGGUGCUGAGUUUGCCACUCAACUCGCCAAUGAAGAGGGCGGCGCUUUGGUUGAUCUUGACCGCGUUGUCGAUGUGUUCCUGUCACAGAACAUGAUUCAACAGGCCACUUCAUUCCUUCUGGAUGCUCUGAAGGACAACAAGCCCGAGCAUGGCCACCUUCAAACUCGCCUUUUGGAGAUGAACCUCGUGAACGCACCCCAGGUCGCAGACGCCAUCCUUGGAAACGAAAUCUUCACUCACUUCGACCGUCCUCGUGUUGCCCAGCUUUGCGAGAACGCCGGCCUCAUCCAGCGUGCUCUGGAAAACUCGGAUGACCCCGCUGUGAUCAAGCGCAACAUUGUUCGCACUGACAAGCUGAGCCCCGAGUGGCUGAUUAGCUACUUCGGUCGUCUGUCUGUCGAGCAGUCUCUCGACUGUAUGGACACUAUGCUCGACUCGAACAUUCGCCAAAACUUGCAGUCUGUCGUCCAAAUUGCCACCAAGUUCUCUGACCUUCUUGGCGCCAACCGUCUGAUCGAUCUUCUGGAGAAGUACCGCACUGCUGAGGGUCUUUACUACUACCUGGGAAGCAUUGUUAACCUUAGCGAAGACCCCGAAGUGCACUUCAAGUACAUCGAGGCUGCAACUGCCAUGAACCAGGUCACCGAGGUUGAGCGUAUUUGCCGCGAGAGCAACUACUACAACCCCGAGAAGGUGAAGAAUUUCCUUAAGGAAGCCCGCCUGACCGAGCAGCUCCCUUUGAUCAUCGUUUGCGAUCGGUUCGAUUUCAUCCACGAUCUGGUCCUGUACCUCUACCAGAACCAGCAGUUCAAGUCCAUCGAGGUCUAUGUUCAGCGCGUCAACCCUGGUCGUGCCCCUGCUGUGGUUGGUGGUUUGCUCGAUGUUGACUGCGACGAGAGCAUUAUCAAGAACCUGCUUUCAACAGUCGACCCGGCUGUCAUUCCCAUUGACGUGCUUGUCUCCGAGGUUGAGAGCCGAAACCGCCUCAAAUUGCUCCUGCCUUUCCUUGAGGCCACUCUUGCAACUGGCAACCAGCAGCAAGCUGUCUACAACGCUCUUGCGAAGAUCUACAUCGACAGCAACAACGACCCUGAGAAGUUCCUCAAGGAGAACGACCAGUAUGACACUCUCAUUGUCGGAAAGUACUGUGAGAAGCGUGACCCCAACUUGGCCUACAUCGCCUACAGCAAGGGCCAGAACGACCUGGAGCUCAUCAGCAUUACCAACGAGAACUCUAUGUACCGCGCCCAGGCUCGUUACCUCGUUGAGCGUGCCGACCCCGAGAUUUGGUCUUUCGUUCUGAGCGAGAACAACGAGGGCCGCCGUCCCCUUGUCGACCAGGUUAUUGCCACUGCCGUUCCUGAGUCAACCGAACCGGAGAAGGUGUCUGUCGCCGUCAAGUCCUUCCUCGAGGCUGACUUGCCCGGUGAGCUAAUUGAACUGCUUGAGAAGAUCAUUCUGGAGCCCUCACCUUUCAGCGACAAUACCAGCUUGCAGAAUCUUCUGAUGUUGACUGCUGCCAAGGCCGACAAGGGUCGUCUUAUGGACUACAUCCACCAACUCAAUGAAUUCUCCGCUGACGAGAUUGCUGAGAUGUGCAUUGGCGUUGGUCUGUACGAGGAGGCCUUUGAAGUUUACAAGAAGGUCAACAACCACCUGGCUGCCGUCAACGUGCUCGUAGAGAACAUUGUCAGCAUCGACCGUGCCCAGGAAUUCGCUGAGCGCGUUGAGCUGCCCGAGGUUUGGAGCAAGGUCGCCAAGGCCCAGCUCGACGGCCUCCGUGUGUCUGACUCGAUCGCGUCCUACAUCCGCGCCGAGGACCCGUCCAACUACCUUGAAGUCAUUGAGACCGCCACUCAUGCUGGUAAGGAUGAGGAUCUCAUCAAGUUCCUUCGCAUGGCCCGCAAGACCCUGCGUGAGCCGGCUAUCGACACUGGUCUCGCUUUCUGCUUUGCCCGACUGGAUCAGCUUGCCGAGCUUGAGGACUUCCUGCGCAGCACCAAUGUUGCGGACGUUGAAGCUUCCGGUGACAAGGCUUACGCUGAAGGAUUCCACCACGCUGCCAAGAUCUUCUUCACCAGCAUCUCCAACUGGGCUAAGUUGGCGACUACCUUGGUGCACCUGGAAGACUACCAGGCUGCAGUUGAGUGUGCCCGCAAGGCCAACAGCGUGAAGGUUUGGAAGCAGGUCAACGAGGCCUGUGUUGACAAGAAAGAAUUCCGUCUUGCCCAGAUCUGCGGUCUCAACCUCAUUGUUCACGCCGAGGAGUUGCAGAGCCUCGUUCGCCAGUACGAGCGCAAUGGGUACUUCGAUGAGUUGAUUGCCGUUCUUGAGGCCGGUCUUGGUCUUGAACGUGCCCACAUGGGUAUGUUCACUGAGCUUGGCAUUGCUCUGUCCAAGUACCACCCUGACCGCGUCAUGGAGCACCUGAAGCUCUUCUGGUCUCGCAUCAACAUUCCUAAGAUGAUCCGGGCCUCCGAGGAAGCCAACCUUUGGCCGGAGCUGGUCUUCUUGUACUGCCACUACGAUGAGUGGGACAACGCCGCCCUUGCCAUGAUGGAGCGUGCCGCUGAUGCCUGGGAGCACCACUCCUUCAAGGACAUCAUCGUCAAGGUUGCCAACCUGGAGAUUUACUACCGGUCGCUCAACUUCUACCUUCAGGAGCAGCCUCUUCUGCUCACUGACCUGCUCCAGGUUCUGACUCCUCGUAUCGAUGUCAACCGUGUCGUCCGCAUCUUCCAGAGCUCCGAUAACAUCCCGUUGAUCAAACCUUUCCUGCUCAACGUUCAAUCCCAGAACAAGCGGGCCGUGAAUGAUGCCAUCAACGAGCUCCUCAUUGAAGAGGAGGAUCACAAGCUGCUCAAGGACUCUGUCGACCAGAACGAUAACUUUGAUGCCGUGGCUCUGGCCCAGCGCCUCGAGAAGCACGACCUCAUUUUCUUCCGCCAGAUCGCCGCCAACAUCUACCGCAACAACAAGCGCUGGGAGAAAUCCAUUGCGCUCUCCAAGCAAGACAAGCUUUACAAGGACGCCAUUGAGACUGCGGCCAUUUCCGCCAAGCCCGAAGUUGUGGAGGAGCUGCUCCGUUACUUCGUCGAUAUUGGCAGCCGCGAGUGCUACGUCGGCAUGCUCUACGCUUGCUACGACCUCAUCCGCCCCGAUGUCAUCAUGGAGAUCUCAUGGCGCAAGGGUCUUAACGACUUCACCAUGCCCUACAUGAUCAAUUUCCUUUGCGAGCAGACCCGGGCCAUCGAGGUGCUCAAGAAGGACAACGAGGAGCGCAAGAAGCGCGAACAGUCGACCCGCACCGAGGAGGACAACACUCCUAUUCUGCAGGGCUCCCGGCUCAUGCUGACCCAGGGUCCUCAGUCCAAUGGCGCCGGCCUUACCCCCCAGGCCACUGGGUAUCGCGGAUUCUAG